GCCAGGAUGGUCUCCAUCUCCUGACCUCGUGAUCCACCCACCUCAGCCUACCAAAGUGCUGGGAUUACAGGCAUGAGCCACCGCGCCUGGCCGAUUCAGCUGUAUUUUCAAGCGAAGGUCCCCCCAGCACUCCCAGCCAUCCUCUUUCCCAAUCAGGUACAAAAGAGCCAUGGUCAUGGCCUGUACCAUCUGUGUCCAACUACUGAAGGCACCUCUGUGCAUUGUAUGAUCCAGUGUGAUCCUGGAUGAUUGGGGCUUGUCAUCAGGGAGUCCACAUCUCACUGGUAUCUUCCACUCCCAUGCACCUCCACCUACCUGGACACAUCCCAUUCCUCAGUGAAACUGUUUUGUCCUGAAGGGGCAGCAACAUUCCUUUAAAACAGCAUGAAGGUCAUUCUGGUGGAUUCCUUCAGGCCUUCUAGGGCCUGAGGGAGGUCUGAUAUACACUUCAUUCCCACCUCCCAACCCCUCAGAAUCUGAGAGAAUGGAGCCGAGUACCUGUAGGACCAGCAAAUCAGAGGAAGACUAUGUUGAGGAAAAGGAAUCUGAGAAAUGUGUUAAAGAGGAAGCUACCAUCCCCUCUAACUCUUCACAGCAGGCUCUCUUAAAAGCUGACUAUAAGGCAUUUAAAAAUGGGGUUCCCUCACCCAUUAUAGCCACAAAAAUUCCGAAGAAAGUCAUAGUCCCAGUUGACACAGGCGACUUAGAAGCUGGGAGGAGGAAGAGAAGGCGGAAACGCAGAUCCCUGGCCAUCAACCUGACCAACUGCAAGUAUGAGAGUGUGCGUCGGGCAGCCCAAAUGUGUGGCCUGAAGGAGGUGGGGGAGGAUGAAGAAUGGACUCUGUACUGGACAGACUGCUCUGUCUCGCUGGAACGAGUCAUGGACAUGAAGAGGUUUCAGAAAAUCAACCACUUCCCUGGCAUGACAGAAAUCUGCCGCAAAGAUCUGCUGGCUCGGAACCUCAACCGCAUGCACAAACUCUAUCCCUCUGAAUACAACAUCUUCCCCCGCACCUGGUGCCUCCCCGCAGACUACGGGGACUUCCAGUCCUACGGUCGUCAGCGAAAAGCCCGCACGUAUAUCUGCAAGCCAGACAGUGGCUGUCAGGGACGUGGCAUCUUCAUUACCCGAAAUCCCCGGGAGAUCAAGCCAGGAGAGCAUAUGAUCUGCCAGCAAUACAUCUCCAAGCCCUUCCUCAUUGAUGGCUUCAAGUUUGAUAUGCGAAUCUACGUCCUAAUCACAUCCUGUGACCCUCUCCGGAUCUUCAUGUAUGAGGAGGGCCUGGCCCGUUUUGCCACCACGCCCUAUGUGGAGCCCAGCCAUAACAACCUGGACAAUGUCUGCAUGCACCUGACCAACUAUGCUAUCAACAAACACAAUGAGAAUUUUGUCCGGGAUGGUGCUGUGGGCAGUAAGAGGAAGCUGUCGACACUCAACAUCUGGCUGCAAGAGCACAGCUACAACCCUGGAGAGCUGUGGGGGGACAUCGAGGACAUCAUCAUCAAAACCAUCAUCUCAGCCCAUUCUGUUCUACGCCACAACUACCGAACCUGUUUUCCCCAGUAUCUGAAUGGAGGUACAUGUGCCUGUUUUGAGAUCCUUGGUUUUGACAUCUUGCUGGACCACAAGUUGAAGCCCUGGCUACUAGAGGUAAACCAUUCUCCAAGCUUUACCACUGACUCACGCCUUGAUCAAGAGGUAAAGGAUGCACUUCUCUGUGAUGCUAUGACCCUUGUCAACCUCCGGGGCUGUGACAAACGGAAGGUGAUGGAGGAGGAUAAGCGGCGAAUCAAGGAACGGCUUUUCCAGUGCUACCAACAGCCACGAGAAUCGAGGAAAGAAAAAACUGAGUCAUCCCAUGUGGCAAUGCUGGACCAGGAACAAUAUGAGGAUUCUCACCUGGGAAAAUACCGGCGGAUCUACCCUGGGCCUGACACAGAGAAGUAUGCCCGCUUCUUCAAGCACAAUGGCUCCCUCUUCCAGGAGACUGCUGCUUCCAAGGCCAGAGAGGAGUGUGCCAGGCAGCAACUGGAGGAGAUCCGCCUUAAGCAGGAACAGCAGGAGACCUUGGGGAGUAAGAGGCAAAAGGCCAAGGACCAGAACCAGGGUGAAUCAGCUGGGGAGAAAAGCCAACCCAGGGCAGGGCUCCGGAGCCAUUCCACCCGCUUGGCUUACAGGAACCACAGCUGGGAGAAACAGCUGCUGCCGGGACAGCUGGACACCAUGAGGCCUCAACAAAUUGUGGAAGAGGAGGAGCUGGAGCGGAUGAAGGCCCUGCUACAAAGGGAGACUCUCAUCCGAAGCCUGGGUAUUGUAGAGCAGCUCACCCGUCUGCAGCACCCUGGCCCCCAGGGCCAGAAAAAACUUCAUGAGAGUCGGCCCAAGAACUUCACCUGGACAGGAGAGCCAGCAGCCAUCAACUCCUGUUCAUUGUCAGUGAAGAAGGCUGGGAGGCGCUAUUUUUCCAGUGCCAGAAUCAGGCUGACUAGCCCCCAGGCUGGUCUUGAACUCCUGAGCUCAGGUGAUCCACCCGACUCAGCCUCCCAAAGUGCUAGGAUUACAAGUGUGAGCCACCGCACCAGGCCUAUUUAAUCCUUUCUGUACACUAGACCCUGGUGAUAGAAAUGGCAGAAAUACAGUCCUAGCACUCAACAGAGGUAACAGGAACAUGGACAAGAAGACAUACUAUACCAAUUACAAUACAGUGUGGGAAAGACAGUGGAGGGAAGCAUGGGAUGCCCUUCCUCUGUGUUGGUAAUCGGGCCACAGCUGGGAAAGAGGUGAGCCAAUCUCUUCUGUGAGUACCAACUCAGGGACAUCCAUGUUUCCACUGCAGAAGGACAAGCCAGCAGAAGGCUAGAAGCCAUAAACCGAGUCCUGGCAGGAUCAGUGCCACCCACUUUAACCCCAAAGCAGGGCUAUCUUCUGCAACCGGAAAGAGUGGCAUCUGACUCAUGGACUGAAUGCACCUUGCC